CUUUAAAAAAAAAGAACUCUCCUGUUUUCCUCAUCAACCUUCCUCAGCUUGUUCUUUCCAAUUUCAAGUAUUAUAUUUAAUUCUAAAUUUCUUUCAAGUCUGAAUCAGUAAAAACUAAAUCGAAAAAUGUCACAGAAAAAUAUACCGACCUUCUCAAAGGUCUGGGAUUUAGGCGUAUGGAAUUCAAAGGACAUUAAACAUUACAACACUAUACCCGGCAUUCAAAAGAAGUUACGCCUUGGGAACUGGGAGUAUAUAUGCAGUCAUCCUGAGAUACGUGCCAUAAUUCGUGUCAUCCUGCACCAGGCCAUCAAUGCCAAGCCGGAACCAGAGGAUAUCCGAAAGUUCGUGGCGGAUUUCUUUAACUGUCGGCGAACUCCGUUGCUGGUGCCAUUGAUCAAUACCCAACUGAAGUACGUUAAAGAGCAGCUGAGUCGUGGCCGCUGGAGCAAGUUUGAUGCAGAGAUGCUGUUCAUGGAAAGUCCCUCCAGCCACUCGCUUCUAUCGACUGCUUCCGAGGACAGCAAUGUGCAUCCUGUCCUCACAUAUGCACUGGUCUUUAAGAAGUCCGACGAGUGUGGCAUCGAAAAGCCACCUUAUUAGGAGGAAGAUAGUGUUUCUGUGGGGGAGAAACCACAAGAAUGUUAGACUAUAAACGUCUAUAAUCGGCCUAUAAUUAAAUCUUUUGUGAAUAUAUUUUUACAAACAA